GCUGCCAUGCCAUUUGGAUGCUUUGCUCAACGGGAUGGGCGAAACUACAACAGCCCAACCGACGUCACAGACAAGUAUGAGAUUGGACAGGUCCUGAGGGCGAAGGAGUUCUGUGAACUGUGCCUGGCCAAGGACAGACAGACGGACAAGGUCUAUGUCUGCAAAAAGUUCCUCAAGAAAGACGGCAGGAAAGUACGCAAGGCGGCCAAGAAUGAAAUAAUGAUCCUGAAAAUGGUCAACCACCCUAAUAUUCUGCAACUGAUUGACACUUUUGAGACCAGGAAGGAGUAUUUUAUCAUCCAGGAGCUAGCUACAGGAGGAGAUGUGUUUGACUGGAUCCUGGACCAGGGCAGCUACACGGAGAGAGACGCCUCCAACGUGAUCCGCCAGGUCCUGGAGGCUGUGGCCUACCUGCACUCCCUCAACAUUGUGCACAGGAACCUGAAGCUGGAGAACCUAAUGUACUAUACAGAGAACAACCACAACAAAGUGGUUCUGCGGGACUUCUACCUGUCCAAGUUUGAGAACGGCUCUAUCACUGAGCCCUGUGGCACACCUGAAUACCUGGCACCAGAAGUUGUAGCUCGACAUCGGUAUGGCCGCCCAGUGGACUGCUGGGCCGUGGGAGUCAUUAUGUUCAUCUUGCUGUCUGGAAACCCUCCGUUCUAUGAUGAGACGGAGGAAGAGAACACUGACCUGCACAACCGCAUCAUAUUCUGUCGUAUUGUAGCAGGGGAGUUUGAGUUUGACUCCCCUUACUGGGAUGACAUCUCUCCUGCAGCAAAAGAGCUGGUUUGUAGGCUAAUGGAGGUGGAUCAGAUGCUGAGAAUCACAGCCCAGGAAGCACUUUGGCAUGAAUGGAUUGCAGGAAAUGGUGCCUCAGAGAAGAAUCUGAAAGAUGGAGUGUGUGCCCAAUUUGAGAAAAAUUUUGCAAAGGCCAAGUGGAGGAAAGCUAUCCGCAUCACCACGUUCAUGCAGCGGCUCCGAGCCCCAGAGUCUGGAGGCCUGGGCGGGGGGGAGGGGAGCCCGGAGGUGGAGGAUAAUGGGGAGGGAGGGGUGGGCCGGGACAUGGGCAGGGGUGUGACAGGGGCUACACCUGAGAGCAGAGGCAGUGUCUCCCAUGAAGUGCUGGUGGAAAGUGUGCCCAGGGGAGGGGAGGAGGAAGGAGGGGCGGGAGGGGCGAAUGACGAGGGCGGGAAGGCAGGGGGGGGAAGGAUUCCGAUCAGUCCGUCGGUGGGCGUCUCCCCCACGUCCACAGCUGACUUCCUGACUCAGCACACCCCCGCACCCACAGCCCUGGGAGAGAUGUUGGAUGCGAGCAGGGGAGGGGCAAGAAAAGGGGCGAGGGAUGACGCCCGAAAAACACCGGCCGCUGCCACCGCCCUCGGGCCGGACAAGGCCCUGCCGGAAAAGAAACCAGCGCCGCCCGCCACCGGCCUGGACCCGGCCAAGAGGACGGACGGCAGGAGCACCAAGGUGAUCAUCCUGGAGCAGGAGCUCAGCAGAGCGGACGAGAGGAGCAAGUGUUCCCCCGAGAUGCCGGGCCGGCGGAAAGCGGAUCCCGCCGCCGCGGCCACAGCACCCCCUGUGGAGCUGGACCGGCCGGUGCAGCCGGCCACAGAGAGGGAGAGGAGGCUGAUGGCCACCAGCAGCUGGUGUCAGACGCAGCUCCCAGAAGCCGUGGCAGAGAAGAGCCUGGCCGCGGGGCUGGGAGGGCCGGAGGACCAGAGCCCGAGGGGGAGCAGGGGGAAGAGGAGCCCCGAACUGGGCCUCCCCAGGGGGCUGCAGGCGGAUUUGGGCUACAGCGUGGCGGGUUCUCCCAGCCUGGGGCGAAAGGGCACCGUUUCUGUUCAGGAGCAGAGGGAGGUCGGGGCAGCAGCGGGGACCAGCCAUUACUCGUACUCUGCCAGCGGGGGGACUGUUUUCGGGGGUCUGGGGCAGGGGGGGGUUGUGGGUGUCAGCGGUGUUGGCAGCGUUGGCGACUGGCAGAUGGACAGUGUGAUCGAGCAGAUCGAGAAGCAGAUGGCGGCGGUCCUGGAGAAGAUCGAAGGAGACAUGCCCUCCCUCCUGGAGCAGAUAAGUGACUGUCCCGAGCAGAGGCCCAAAAGCGCGCACUCCUCUCCCUCAGCCAGGUCUCACCCCCAUGCCCAGCACCACUCUACCCCCCCACCCCUCCCCACCACCCCCCGCCCCCCUCUCCCGUCCCUUCCACACCUGACCAUUCCCCCCCCCUCCUACCCUCCCCCUUCUCCCCCCGCCCUCCCCCAGGCCUACGCCCAACCAGCCUCCACCCGGGAUGAAAGGGACAGCCAGAGGGGUGGGGCCAAAUCUGGCCAAUCAGCAAGAGGGGGCAUGGCAGGAAGAGGGCUAUGAGAGCUGAGAUUAAGUGCACACACAUUUCAAAAACACACAGGAAGACAGACAUACAACUACAGAAACUCACACAGAACCCCAUAAUGAAUCCCACUGCCAGACUCCACUGACCACUAAAGUCCCCAAUCGAUAUUUUCAUCAAGUUAAAUAGUUAAAAAUGCUGCCUAACUAGGACAUGUCACACCCCCUCUCAGUACACCUGCAUCCCAGUGUUACUAAUUCACAAUAUAUUUUGCUGUAAGAAACUUACAAAAUGUUUUACAAAAGGUUUUAAAGAAGUUUUACAAAAGACCCCACAGUGUGGUUAAGCACGACCAUGAUGCAAUGUAAAAAGAGCUCUUCAUAAAAACACCCAUCGUAGAAAAAGACUCAAAUAUUUAUCAUUACUGCUGUACUCGAGUUCAGGAUAUGUUUCACUCUAAUUAGUUGAGUGGAGAAUGAGGGGUUGACUUUUUCAGUAAGCAACUGGCCUUUUUGUAAAGUUACCUCUUGCCGGACAUCGUAUGGCGAAUCCCAGACAAGGAAUUCCAGGCGAGCGUCGUGCAGUGUAAACAGCACCAACUACAAUUUUCCACCAGAUGUUUGCAGUUAAGUUAACAAAAGAUUCAUCAACUUUUCCGUUGCGAGUAACGAUGCUUGUAAUUUCCGGAAGACCAAAACCAUUGACUCCACCCGUGUGCAACCCUGCUACUAAGAGUUUUGCGAAAGACAAUCUACCAGCAGUGUGUACAGUUUCCUCCUCGCUCACUGUUUGGUCUUCCUGGAAAUAACCAUUUUAUUUUCCCCAGGAAACCACUCCACUUGGGCUGCUGUGUUGGUAGGAUUGUGUGACACAUGCCGCUUCACGUGAUCGCUGGUAUUAAAAUGUGAACGGUAGCAGCCUGCCACAAAACUGAAGUGCACUACACAUCCCGGAAUAAAAUCUAAUUGCUUUGCAUGCAGGCUCAGGGAUCAGAACAUUUUAUCAUCUAAAUUUUUCAGUGUAUCAUCAGGUCUCUUCCACAAAACAGAAAGAUCCAAUUCCAGAUCUAUAAAAUGACUAUAUCCAGACUGCUUUGGCGUUUUCAUUUACAGUUAUUUCCCCAUGCUUUUGAACAUGGAAGUGGACUUGAUUUUUUGACAUACAAAUCAUAAUCCAUGGCAUAUGUACCCUUUUAAGAUGUCCAUGUCAUGUAUAGCCCUCAUAAUGGUUUGCCCUCUGGUGCAAGGUUCCUCAACCAUGGUCUUGGAGAGCCAUAGCAUCUGUGAGUUUGGGUUGUCAAUCAGCAAUUUAGUUGAUCAAUGAAAGAAUGUACAGUAGCUGCACUGUUAACUUCAAAUGGUUUUUUGGUUCUAAACUGGACUAGACCAAGAGAUACCCAAUGCUUCUCCGGGACCUGGGUUGUGGACUCCCUGAUCUGUCUCAAAAACAGCUUCUGUUUUCAGCAUUCCAGGUCAUUGGCUGGUGUCUUUUCAUGCAGCAUGCUUUGAUCUGGAAAGAAGCAAUUAUACUGUACUAGAUGGCACUCACAAAACCAAAUGGGUUAUCAAUGUAUUACAAUUGAAAUAAAACUGAUACUAUGAUUUUUCCCCCAGCCCCCACCUCCUUCUCCAAUUCUGGUAGGAAACUGGCACACAUGCACUCACAAUAUGCCCAGAUACACACAUACACACACACAUGGUGACAUUCUCAAACUGACUUCAUGGUUAUCAUAGAGAGAUUAUUGUAAUGACAGAAAUGAUGACAUAUAAUAACAAUCAGAUAUACAGUAUAUACUAUUUAUAUAGCAUUUUUCCUCACUUCCUGCUUCAGCCCCCCUUUCAAAGUCCUAGACCCCCCCCCCCCCC